CACUCAACUCAGACUCGUGACUGGAAGCGAACUCCAAAAAGAUGGAAAAGCAGGUAGUGGAUAAGGCGAGAGAAGCGUUCCAGUCGGGCAAGUCCAGAUCCCUGCAGUACAGAAAACAACAGCUGAGAGCUCUGCACCGACUCAUCACUGAACGCCAAGCUGACAUCGCACAAGCUCUCAAACAAGACAUCAACAAGAGUGUGUAUGACACUACACUAUUUGAGCUUAUCGGCCUUGAGAAUGACAUCAAGUUGGCAGAGAGUAAUCUGGCUGAUUGGGCGGCUCCUCAGCCUGCGAGGAAGAACCUCGGCACUGCGAUCGAUGAUGUUUACAUAAAACCUGAACCUUUGGGUGUAGUGUUAAUAAUCGGUGCCUGGAAUUAUCCGUGGGCUUUGACCCUGCAGCCCCUGGUUGGAGCCAUUGCAGCUGGCAAUGCAGCGGUGGUGAAGCCGUCAGAGCUGAGCGAGCACUCUGCCAGACUUCUGAAAGAGCUUCUUCCUCAGUAUCUUGAUAAAGAGAUGUAUCCGGUGGUGAAAGGAGGUGUUCCAGAGACCCAGGAGCUGUUGAAGCAGCGUUUUGACCACAUCUUCUACACUGGCAACAGCACAGUGGGCAAACUGGUUAUGGAGGCAGCCGCUCGCCAUCUCACACCGGUCACUUUGGAACUGGGUGGAAAGAGCCCCUGUUAUAUCGAUAGGAACUGUGACAUUGCUGUGGCGUGCAGGUAG